GGAACGUUGCUAGAGGUCGGUUUGUAGGAGCGCAUCCCCAUCAGCAGGAACGGCCCCCCCAGCAGCCAGCAGGAACGGCCCGCAGCCAGCAAGAGCCCAUGUCCUGGUGACUGAGCAGCCAAGAGCCCCUCUUCCUUUGUAUGACGGGAGGCAUCCCACUCAAGCCGCGUAAAUGAGUAUGGAAGAUUAUGAUUUCCUCUUCAAGAUCGUGCUGAUCGGGAACGCUGGCGUGGGCAAGACCUGUCUCGUCCGACGCUUCACUCAGGGGCUCUUUCCCCCGGGCCAGGGGGCCACCAUAGGUGUUGAUUUUAUGAUAAAAACUGUGGAAAUAAAAGGGGAAAAGAUAAAGCUACAGAUCUGGGACACGGCUGGCCAGGAGAGGUUCCGCUCCAUCACUCAGAGUUAUUACCGAAGUGCCAAUGCGUUGAUCCUGACCUACGACAUAACCUGUGAGGAGUCUUUCCGGUGCCUUCCAGAAUGGUUACGGGAGAUAGAGCAAUACGCCAACAGCGAGGUCAUCACUGUGCUUGUGGGGAAUAAGAUUGACCUGGCGGAAAGGAGGGAGGUCUCCCAACAGAGGGCCGAAGAAUUUGCAGGGACUCAAAACAUGUAUUAUCUGGAAACUUCUGCCAAAGAGUCGGACAAUGUUGAGAAACUCUUCCUGGACUUAGCGUGCCGGCUGAUCAGCGAGGCGCGGCAAAAUGCGUUGGUGAACAAUGUAGACUCCUCGUUGCCGGGAGAAGGGAAGAGCAUCACUUAUUUGAACUGUUGCAACUUCAAUUAAAUACACGGCCCAGUUGGAAGAGCCAAGCGUACGCAAACGUUAAGCGCGAGCUGGGAGACGCUCGACGAGAACCUUCCCGUGAUUCGGACCUUCCGAGUCACCCAAACCGCUCCAGGUUUUUGAGCUUAAGCAUGACGGAUCCGACGCUUCUUCUGGAGAUAAGCCAACCAAGGUGGAAAUAAAUCAGAUGUGGGGAAAGAUCCCCUCCGUUUGCCAUGGGCGGCCUACAGAGCAUCGUGGGUCCCCUUGGCUUCAGAAUGGGAUACCAUUUUGUUUCCUAGUAAAUAGAAAAGCCUCUUUCAAAGACCAAGUAGAAACCACUAGUAUCUGUGUAUCCGGAUAGGGGGAAAAUGCAUAUAUUCAUUUCCAGAACUAUUUUAUUUUUAAGAACUGUUUUAGACUGUCUUUCAUUUUCAGGAUCUCUUCAACCUCGUCUCUCAGAUUUAUUACUACAGCACAACAUCUGUCCAUGCUUGAGAGUGAUGGUGGACAUGUUGUUUCACUCGUGAGAUGUUUGACCGGUAGGUCAGGUUUGGCGCAGAGGUUUUGGAAAUACAAUGUUUUAAGGUU